UUGUUUCUCAAAUAUAUGGGUCCCCGCAAAUGGAUCGCACUUAUUAUGGUUGUUUGGGGUACAAUCAUGGCUGUAAUGGCUACAGUUAAAAACGGCGACGGGUUGUUGGCGUCUCGUUUCUUUCUUGGUAUUGCCGAGGCUGGUUUGUUUCCGGGUGUGAUUUUCUUCCUUUCGGUAUGGUACCCUCGUAGAACCCAAACGAUCAGAAUCGCUUUAUUUUAUGCAGCAUCCACUGUGGCCGGUGCUUUUGGUGGUGUGUUGGCUUAUGGAAUUAUGCAUAUGGACGGCAUGCGAGGAUUGGCAGGGUGGCAGUGGAUUUUUAUUAUCGAAGCUUUGCCGACUCUUAUUCUUGCCUUCGUUACGUUUUUUUACCUGCCCGAUUAUCCCGAAAAUAGUCCGUUCCUUAAUAACCGUGAGCGCGAAAUCGUGGUCAAUCGUAUCAAGGAGGAUGCCGGUCCAGCUACAGAAACCCAUUUCUCUUGGAAGCAAUUCUUCGCAGCAUUUCUUGAUUUGAAGGUUUGGCUCAUAAGUAUCGUUUCUUUGUGCUCUUGCUGCCCGAUGUAUAGUUUGAGUCUGUUUAUGCCGACGAUCGUUCGAGAUUUGGGAUAUACAAACUUAACAGCUCAAGCAAUGAGCGCCAUACCUUAUAUCUUUGCGUGUAUCGCCACGUUAACCUUUGCUAUAAGCUCUGACAGACGUGCCGAGCGAGGGUUCCAUUUGGCUGCGGUUGGUCUCGUUGGCAUGGUGGGAUACAUACUCUUGAUAACUCUAAAAGAUCAACCUGCUGCUGGGCGUUUUGUUGCUGCGACGGUGGCGUCAUGUGGCGCAUUUCCUCUUAUCCCUUUAAUAUCGGUUUGGAAUGCGAACAAUAAUGGUGGACACACAAAGCGAGCGGUGGCUAUUGCUAUUGGGGCGGCGGUUGGAAAUGCAGGAGGAAUCAUUUCAGGCCAAAUGUAUAGAACAGAUGACGCACCUCACUAUAUUCGAGGACAUACCAUUAGCUGCGCAAUGAUGGCCGCCAAUUGGAUAGUAGCACUCAUCCUACGGAUGUAUCUUAGUUAUGAGAAUAAGAAGCGGGACAAGUUAUCGCCCGAACAAUAUCGUAUUGCAUGUGAAGGCGAAGAUCUGUGUGAUAAGGUAUCGUAUAUUAAGACGAUCUAUAUAAUUUUCUUAUGUACACGAAGAUUACUACUGUAUUUUAACGCGGUCUCCUGUUGA